AUGGAGACUACCAGCGCAUUUGCCCAUACACCAAACUUCCAGGUCACUAUCGGGAAUGUCGAUUCUCAGCAGAGAAUCACGAGGUAUGUUGGAGAUCAUGCGCACACCUCGACCAAAGUCACACUGUCCUAUAGUGCUAGCGCAAAUUCCCGUUCUUUGAAUGCAGAUGCUUUCCGCAUUCACCCCUUGAAUUGCUAUACCGGGGACCUCAAGAGAAAAUUAUCUACCUCUUCCUCUUCAAGAAAUCCAAUCGGCUUCGCGAGAGCUUUAAGAAGCACUACCACGCCUACCGUGCCGACUCCCAGCUCCAAAACAUCGUCGUCUUCACCUAUUGACGAGCGGGGUUCCAUGAUAACUCCACCUGAGAGCAUCAGCAACGAACUACAACCGGAGCGAUAUGACGAGUGGAUGCAACAGGCUAAGAACGUGCAACUUGAAGAUUUACCAGGGCUGGAAAGCUUUGAAAGCAUGUCUCAAGUUUCCCAAGAAAGGAUUCAGGGUCUAAGAGCCGACCCAAGCGGAAAAUGGGCUGGACUAAGCGAAGAGACGAUUCGCCGUAUGGUGAUAAAAACAAGGCUUAAGAAAAGAGCAAAGCGGAAAUAUGAUCUGUUCUUGCGACUGCAGAAGCGGGCGCCUUCAGACAGUACAACGAAUCCUCGGUUUUCACUGAGGGGGGUGCAAAUGAUUCAGGCCCAGGCUCGAAAGUAUGGCAUUGGAACGGAACCUGUCGAGGCGAGAGAAACAGUUGCUCAAUUGGCUUUUUGGGAUCAUGAAAAGGCCGAAUUUGCUAAGUUUGAGCGAGAUCUGCUGUUAACACGAGGUAACACCUCUGAAGUUCUUCAGAAACAGAAAACCAAGAGGCCAUCUCAACAUAAAAGGGAGUGUGAACAGUUCUCGGAAACUUUUAUGCCUCAAAACGAAGAUGAAAGGGAAAUAAGCCCUGGCAGCACUCAGUCGAAUGCUACAGAAGUAAUUAAUCUCCUGGGUACCCGCUCCACCGCUAAUUCCCCAGAAAGGGGAGAUAUGGAGCAGGAGAAAACCCCCGAUUCUAAGUUCCAGAUUCCGACCACCUUGGCUUUAUCAAGAGGGUUUGGAGGUGCAACUUUAUCUCAAAUGAUGGGUAUUGGUGACGAUGAACGGCUCAUGAAGCGGCUAGUUUCUUUGGGUCCUGGAGAUGCUAUUUUUGACAGACAGCCUGAGUUUGCACCAGGAGAAACUACGUCGGAAACUUUGAACAAUAUGCCCCUGGAUUAG